UUUGGUUACAAAAAGUGCCAGUUACAAAACAAUAACCAUCAGAAUAACUAGCUGGUUUUAUAGUCUAGUUAUCCAGGAUCAUAUCUCACAAAUAUCUGUUUGCAUCAAAUUUUUUAUACUUUUGAUUUAAUCAUCCUACAAUUUUAAAAAGAAAACAGCCUCACAAUCAUAAUAACCAUCACAAAACAGAAUCAUUAAUUAUAAACAAGGAUGGAGGGCAAUGCACCUGAAGCCUAGGUAUGCAUCAAAUGUAAAACAGAAUUUCAGAGAGACAGUGGUUACUAUAAAUGUGAUUCAUGUUUUGGGAGCGUUCAUAAGGAUUGUGUCAAUUUAACAUCUUCGGAAGUGCGAUGUAUGCCACUACAGAAGAGGGUUCUUUUGUUGAUUUGAGAUGAAUGCAAGCAAUUAAUAGCAAGAAUGCCCUAUAUGGUGAAAAUGAUGGAGGAAAUUAAAAGAGAAUUAGCAGAUUUGAAAUCAAACUACAGAAAAGACACCUAUGCAAAAGUGUUAAAAAAUACAACAUCCGCGCCGGACUCCAUUAAUAAGCCUAGUCUGCAUACCAUAAUAAUUAGGCAUAAAAGCCAACAAAAUAUAGGAAAGAAUAAAGAGGAGGUGUAAAGGUUGAUAAAUCCAUGCGAAAUUAAUGUUGGAAUUAGAAAUACUAAAGAAACUAAGAAAGGAAAUAUUGUAUUAAAGUGCGACACAGAACAGGAGCUAGGAAGACUCAAGAAAUCAGCAGAAAGUAAACUAAAAGAAUGACAAAAAUCUGACGUUUCAACUUGGCAUCUUCUCGGUAGACGUGCAGUUACAUACUUUGCCGGCCCUUGGAGUGUUUUACAAUUUUUUUAUGUGGAAAGUUGUGAGAGAAGUGCAAAAAUGAAGCACUGGGUCUUCGUCGUUGCUGCUCUAUUUUUAUUUAUAGGAUCCAUCCGGGCUGAUGAUGCUGAAGAACCAGCCACCAUCGACAUAGAUUUAGGAGCUAGCAGAGAAGCAUUGAGAACAGAUGAUGAGGUGGUUAAAAGAGAGGAGGAGGCAAUAAAAUUGGACGGACUUAAUGUAGCUCAGCUAAAGGAACUGAGGGAGAAAGCUGAAAAGUUCACUUUCCAGACAGAAGUCAAUAGAAUGAUGAAGCUCAUCAUAAACUCUCUUUAUAAAAACAAAGAGAUUUUCUUAAGAGAGCUGAUCUCCAAUGCUUCCGAUGCUCUGGACAAGAUCCGUAUGCUUUCUCUAACAGAUAGGAGUGUCCUUGAUACUGAGGCAGACCUUAAUAUCAGGAUAAAGGCUGAUAAAGAGGGUGGAGUACUGCACAUCACUGAUACUGGCAUUGGCAUGACCAAGCAAGAUCUAGUGAAUAAUCUUGGUACUAUUGCAAAAUCAGGUACUGCCGAAUUUUUGAGCAAGAUGCAGAAUGCUGAAAACGCGCAGGAUAUGAAUGACAUGAUUGGUCAGUUUGGUGUUGGAUUCUACUCAGCCUUUUUGGUAGCUGACAGAGUUGUAGUAACAACUCACCACAAUGAUGACAAGCAAUACAUCUGGGAAUCCGAUUCAAACAGCUUCAGUGUCAUUGAUGAUCCUAGAGGAGAAACCUUAAAGAGAGGAACUACUGUGAGUCUAUACUUGAAGCCAGAAGCAAGAGACUUCUUAGAGCAUGAAACCAUUAAGACCUUGGUGAAGAAAUACUCCCAGUUCAUCAACUUCCCAAUUUAUCUUUGGACCAGCAGAACUGACACUGUCGAAGAACCAGUAGAUGAAGAUAUCACAGAAGAAAAAGAUAAACCACAGACAGAUGAAGAUGCGGCAGUUGAAGAGGACAAAGAAGAAGAUAAAGCAAAGACAAAGAAAGUUGAGAAAACCAUCUGGGAUUGGGAGUUGUUGAACGACAGCAAGCCAAUCUGGACAAGGAAGCCUAAUGAAGUGACAGACGAAGAGUACAACGAAUUUUACAUGGCGUUGACCAAAGACACUAAAGCACCAUUGACUAAGAUCCACUUCGUUGCUGAAGGAGAAGUCACCUUCAAGGCAUUACUUUUUGUACCUCAAGUUCAACCUUCAGAGAGCUUUAACAGAUAUGGUACCAAAACAGAUAAUAUCAAACUGUAUGUAAGGCGAGUAUUCAUCACAGACGAAUUCAAUGAUAUGAUCCCAUCUUAUCUCAACUUUAUUAGAGGUAUAGUUGAUUCUGAUGACCUGCCCUUGAACGUAUCUCGUGAAACAUUGCAACAACACAAGUUGAUCAAAAUCAUUAAGAAGAAGUUGGUAAGGAAAGUUUUGGAUAUGUUGAAAAAACUGCCUGAGGAAGAGUAUCAAAAAUUCUGGAAAGAGUUCUCGACAAAUAUCAAGCUUGGCACAAUUGAAGAUCCAGCUAAUCGCACUAGAUUGGCUAAGUUAUUGCUCUUCCACUCUUCUAAUACAGACAAACUCAUUAGUUUAGCCGAGUAUGUUAGCAGAAUGAAACCAAAACAGGAUAAGAUCUUCUACAUUGCUGGAUCAUCCAAAGCUGAGGUUGAGAAAUCACCAUUUGUUGAAAGGCUUUUGCGCAAAGGCUAUGAAGUAUUGUUCCUAACAGAAGCUGUAGAUGAAUAUGCUAUCUCAGCUAUUCCAGAAUUCGAGGGCAAAAAGUUCCAGAAUGUCGCUAAAGAAGGUUUCAGCUUAACAGAAGCUGAAGGCGGCAAGGAACAAUUAGAGCAACUGAAAAAUACCUUUGAACCUCUCACCAAAUGGCUGGCAGAUGAUGCUCUUAAAGACAAGAUCGCUAAAGCCCUAGUUUCCGAGAGGCUAAGCGAUUCUCCUUGCGCAUUGGUAGCUAGUAUGUUCGGGUGGACGGGUAACAUGGAAAGACUCGCCAUUUCAAAUGCUCAUCAGAAAUCUGAUGAUCCUCAACGUAGCUAUUACCUCAACCAGAAGAAGACCUUGGAAAUCAACCCGAGGCAUCCGCUGAUCCGGGAAUUGCUCAAAAGGGUCAAUGAUGAUCCUUCUGAUCCAACUGCCAAAGAUAUGGCUGUCAUGAUGUUUAAUACAGCUACACUGAGGUCAGGAUAUAUGCUAAGGGACACUGCAGAUUUUGCUCAGUCCAUUGAAGUAAUGAUGAGGAAGACGCUUGGUAUCUCUUUGGAUGAACAAGUUGAAGAAGAAGAGGACAUUUCAGAAGAAGCUCCAUCAGAAGAGACUAAAGAAGAUGAAGAAAAAGAUGAAGCACACGAGGAAUUGUAAAUAGACUACUAUGAAUAAGAGUGCAUGUGGUGUGUUAAUGAUUUUUUUUUGAUUGUUGAACAAUCGUGAAAGGCUGUACUAUGCUUUUUAUUAUUAUAUGUUUAGAUGUUAAUAAACUAAUUUAUAAAUAUGUCUACUUAAACCAAGCUGACUAUCCGAAAAUCGACUCUGUUUCAAAAAAAAAUCACAAUAACCGUAAAGGAGGGUAUAUGACAAGGCUCGUCAUCUAGAGGUAGAUAAAAUUUGGCUGACUUUUUUAUUAAACGUCAAAGUUGGAAAUAUUUUUUUCACGUAUCUUCAAAUAAUUAUGUAUUAUUGGUGUAAGUGGUCCAAAAAAAUGUAUAGUGGAUGAACAUAUCUUCAUAAUGAGACCUCACACGGCCAAUGUGCCGAAACUUAAUUUGUUAUUACAACAAAAAAAUUCGUUGAUUUUUACAUUUAUUUUUAACUGAAAAACGCAAAACGAUAAAUCUGAAAUAAUAGCAUAAGUAAAAGCAUUCGUGGCACUUAACAUCCACAAAAGUUUAUUCAAAAAUGCUCAACCGUUUCAGCAAAUUUCUAAUUAUUUUUUUUGAGGAGACAUUUUUUUGACAGAUGUUGUUUCUUGGACAACAACAUCCCAUUCAUGCACAUUGUCAUCAAAUUUCAAACAGUUUGUUUUCUGACGUUUCAGAAGGUCCUGAUCAUUUUAAAAACAUGUUUGCAGGGGUUAGAAAUUUGCAGUUAGAGGUUGUAGGGGGUGGCGAAGAGUAAAUGCCAAUUUUUUGGUGCUAGCAAUGUAUACGUUUCCAACCCAGGUAAGCACUUAGUAGACACAUUUCAUAAAUGAAAGAUUUUUCCAUGCAUUUGCCCUUUUCAUGUACGCGGGUCGGACAACUCAACGAGCGCGCGCUCUACUUUGGUGGGGCGGUAGGCUAGAUCGUAUUGGUGGACUGAUUGUAUGAUUCCUUUGUUAUACAUGUUCGUAGCCUAUGAUUUUCUAAGAGGGAUUAACAGCGUUGUGUAGAAAGUGCAGCGUUGUCAACCUCUACUGGGCGCCAUUGUUUCAACUAUGGGCCUUUCACUUACAUCUAAUUGACGCUUAAUCCCUAAGGAAAAAUAAUGCUGCAUUAGUUACAGGCAUGCAAGUAAUUGCAUAGUGUUAAUGGGGGUAUGAAAUAAAUAAGACAUUUAAAAUAAAUAGGUUUAUUAAUCUUUAGAAGAUACUCC